AUGAAAUGUUUUUUACUUGAAAUAAAUCAAAAUGAGAACUUCAAUCACUUCUUAAGAGAAUGUUAUAUCAAUAGUCAACUUCGAACUAUAAUUAAUCACGAUAAUGAUCUUGAACCACGUGGAUUAUCUUUUAUAUCGGAUCAUCCACCUUUAAUGUAUUCAACAUUAAUUCAAGCAUGUCUUAUAUGUGCAGCAUUAAUUCGCUCCAAAGUAUCUGAUUUUCACAAUGAACGCUAUGAUGUUCAAAUAGUAUUUUUAAAUAACGGCUAUUCAAUGGAUUUUAUAAAAGAACACGCUGAGCAAUUGUUUCAAGAUUUUCAUAUUUCCAAUUGGAAAUCAAAUUUAAAUCAAAAUACCUAUGAUAAAAUGCGUGAAGAAAUUAUCGAGUAUGAUCAACAACAUCAAGAAGUGAAAAUAAAACAACGAUGA